GUCGUCAAGGUAGAUUAGCUGUAAUGCACUCCAUGGUGGUCCUACUUAGGUGCAUAGGGGUCUUAUCGUCUAAGGUGAAGGACUGUACCCUAAUCAGCAGUGAACACUGAAGCACGAUAAGGUGAAGGACUCAAAGCAUGGCCUGGGACUGCAGCUACUUUUAACUCCCCCUUCCCCACCUCUUAGUAGCAUCUUGCUUUCUCCGUCUUCUCGCAGUGCUUCCCCAUCUUUCUAUGGGUAAGCGUAGGUGCAGGAUGCAGCCGGAGAUCACCAGCCAUGAUGAUGAAUUGCAAGAUGUCAGUAGCAAGGAGUGGGAGUUCAUCGACAUGUCGGAGGAAGAGGAAGACCUCAUCUACAGGAUGUAUAGGAUCGUCGGCGACAGGUGGGCGCUCAUAGCAGGUCGAGUCCCAGGAAGGACGCCGGAGGAGAUUGAGAGGUUCUGGAUCAUGACCCACGGUGAAUGUUUCGAGGAGAAGAAGCGGAGGAGACAGCGGAGGGUGGCGUUGGACUGAUUCAACACGAGCUGCUGCUGUGUACGUUUUGGGGGUGUACUGCUCUUUUCCUUUCUUGAAGGCCAUGACAUGGCAUGUUGGCAUCGUCCGAACCGCUCCCCACCGACCACCUCUGCCUACUUCUCAUCGUUCCGUGGACUGCAUCAAUGAAAGAAAAGUUUCCCUGGUGAGAGAUGAAGCUCGCUGGCCGCGCAUUUGAAAUCACAUUCGAACCACCUCCAUGAUUCCAUGGCAAUGUGGGACUCGAGAACAUAUAAGUCGUCUAAGGAAUAAUUU